AUGACCUCGGGCUGCAAAAAUGGUUUAGGUGGCGGCAGUGGGGUGAAGCCGCGCUUGGUUGGAAAGGUCUCAGGUGUGCAGCGGGCGACGGCGUUCCUCAGCGCUAUCAACCCGACGGAGCUGCACCCCCACCCUCUGCGCGGUGGCGCUCGAUCCAGCACCAAGAAUGGCAGCGGCAGCGACAUUAGCUCCAGCUCCAAUCCCGACAGCCUUGGCGGCAGUUUCAACAAGGCCGAGACGAGAGAGGAAAGAGCAGUCCUGGAGGGAAUGUCGCGUGCGCUGGGUACCGGUGCCGAUGGGUGCAAUACUCUGCGCAAUUUCACGAUACGCGUUCCGAGCUCCAGUGGUCUUGAAGGACCGGCUAACACGCACGUCGGCGGCUUCGCUAGCGCUGCCACACAACAAAGUAUUUCUGCACCGACGGUCGCUACCAACACAAGCAGCAGUGAUCCCAACGCCACAGCGGCUACAGAUGCCAUUGCCGCCGGUUGCCCUCAUUUCUCCAGUCCAAUCCCUCGUGUGCCAGUCGGCAAGGCCGUCUCUCAGCUCACGCCGCAGCAGCUCCAGCACCGACGCCGCCAAUCCUUCGCUGCUGACUUUUCUCUUCGAUACCGGCGGCAGGAGAACUUCCUCAAGUCGCUAGGCACUAGCAUGAAGCCUGUCAAGCGGCAUCGUCGUCACAGCAGCAGCAGCAGCAGCAGCAGCUCUUCUUCCUCCAGCCGCAGCCGCAGUGAGAUUCAGCGCAGUGCGGCCUCGCCGGUGAACACCAGUGGCGUCACUGCGGCUGGCGGUCUUGGCGCGGGUGCUGGUGGCGCUCGGCAGGAUGCCGGGGCAUCCGCUGCGAACGUUGGCAACAACGCCGCUGGUGGAGACAUUUCCGGCACCGCGUUAAGCGGUGGCGCCAGCGGGGAGUCGAAUCUGCUGCCGUCGCAGGGGCACCGGCACCGCGUCAGCUGCAACAGCGGGGGCAAGCCCCCACUGCAGGUCCACGAGCUUGUGAAGAGGGAGGGCCAGAGGGUGCGGCUGCGGUGGAUUUACGGUGAUGUUCAGCAGCGCCGCUCGUCCUCGUCGUCGUCUUCGUCCUCUUCGAGCAGCCGCUCUUCUGGCUCGCCACAGAGCCGCGGGAAGCGGAGCCCCAAGUAUGGCCCAGGCGGCGGCGACGGGGUCGCUGUGGGAAAAGGGUCACUGGCCGCACAUGGCGGAGGUUCAGUUCCUGGCCCCCUCGAGGUGGAGUGGAGUGGAACACCGCAGCACUUGUCCAGCACGAGUCACACACUCGUGCGGUCGUUGUCUUUGACCUCGCCGUCGUCGUCGUCUUCUGGCGGUAGCUCGCGUCGUCACCACACUCGAAACAAGAAGCGGCGACAACGGCAGUGGUGGGCGCAGUCGGCUGCCACGCCGAUGUCGCUCUGCACCAUCUUGACAAAGUUCGAGCCACGAGUGACGUCGCUGUGGAAGGAGGACCAAGUGAUCCAGCCGUACCGCGGGGAGUCCAACGCGAGCGGCAGUAGGUCCAGCUCAUCCUCCAAACAGCGCUCGUCCUCAUCGUCGUCUUCGUCUUCGUCGUCCUCUCUCUCGCACUCGCAGGGCCUCAACGACGUCGAUGGCGAGUAUCAAGAUUUUGUUGUGAACAGCCAAUACCUCGCUGGUAACUACGCCGACCGCCGGCACGUGGCCGAGAUGACCAGCGUGGUCGUUACCUCUAGCUCUUCAGACUCGGGCCUCAGAACGCACUCACCGUACUCGUCAUCCUCCUCGAAGACGCGCACCGGUAGCAGCCCCCACGGCCGUCGUGGCAGCAGCAGCCGUACCCAAAGCCGCUCCUCCUCUUCUUACAGCAGCAGCGGCUCCAGUCGACGCAGCCGCAGCAGCAGCCGGAGCAGUCGCGGCAGCUCACGCAGCUCCUCCAACGCGCGCCACCGCCGCCGCCACCACAACCGCGGCAAAGGAGGCAUCAUCAGCGGCGAGGGUGAUAUUCGAAGCUACCGUAAGGUCCUCGCGCGGCGACAGUACCGCAACAACCCUGCCUUCUCGAACGCGUACUUCGUCGACACGGGCAACAUCACCGGUGGCGAGCGCCGCCGCAAGAUGAUCUCCCUCCCCUCCUACCGCGUCUCGAUGAUCUCGUUUGUGGACAAGAAGAUCCUGAAGAAGGACCUCAACCACAACUUCCAUAUUCAGCACCCCGAGCUCGAGGUGCGCGACAUUAAACUGACGCACCUCCGCAAGAUCAAGCACGAGUUGCUGGUCUACGCGCUAGAGGACAACUCCCUGCUGGAUCUGACCACCACGGCGUAUGCGUACUGGUACUUUGAGCGACUCGUGGUGCAGGGCAUGGUGGGCAAGCACAACCGCAAGGAGAUCAUGGCGGCAUGCGUGCUGCUCGCCAUCAAGUUCCUGGAAACGGGCGACCUCAUGAAGAAGAUCGCCUACUUCAAGAACCGGUGGCGCCGCUUUCACAACGUGUCUGGCGUGCACGUCGGUAAUGUCAAUGCGAUGCUUGGCGGCGGCGGCGGUAAGGGGGUGGAGGAGGAUGACGAGGAGGUGGUGCACGUAAAUUGGAAGAAGGUGGAGGAGCAGGAGUUCCCGGUGUACGUCGGGCUCGACUUUACACUGCUGCCCGACGGGGACGGGCAGGUGAUCAAGACGCACAUUGAACGCCUGCUGCAGCUCAUCAAUGUAACCUCGCAGGAGUACUAUAGCAAGAAGUUCGUGUCACCUGCGUACUUGAACCACUACAACUGCUACAGCAACCUCUACUACUAG